ACAAAAGAAACAGCCGCACGCCAUGCUUUAAAAUCUGCGGUAUUCAUCACAUUGAGAAACAAGUGAAGAUGGAGAUUAAGGAAAAACCCAGCAGUGUAAAAGAUGAAAAGAAGGAGGAACAAACAGAUGCAUAUGGACAUACAGUCAAUACACAGACUGAAAUGAAAGUCAAAGGAGCUUUUAACUGCUCGGACUGUGGAAGGAAUUACAAAUAUAAAUCCGAUCUUAACAGCCACAUGAGGACUCACACAGGAGAAAGGCUGUUCACGUGCACUAAAUGCGGGAAGAGUUUCACAACAAGCGGAAAACUGCAUGUGCAUAUGAGAGUCCACACCGGAGAAAAGCCUUUCGAGUGCAGCCAAUGUGGACAAGCCUACAAGAAUAAUGCAGACCUCAUCACCCACAGGAGGGUCCACACCGGAAUGAAGCCUUUUAAUUGCAAGCACUGCAGGAAGAGUUUCACAAGUAAAGGCGCUCUCAGACACCACCUGCGCUCUCACACUGAUAAAAAGCCAUUUAGUUGUAGUCACUGCGAUAAAACGUUUCUGACAAAAGCUCUAUUAAAGCGACACCUGGUUGUUCAUACUGCUGCCAAGCCUCAUGCUUGCUCUGUUUGCGGAAAUACCUUUUUAUACCUGCAGAAGUUGAAAGUGCACGAGCUUAUUCACACCGGAGAGAAGCCUCACAAGUGCUCGGACUGUGGGAAGAGCUUCAGAACAUCAAGCAACCUUAAAAUACACCAGAGGAUUCACACCGGAGAGAAACCGCAUCAGUGUUCGGACUGCGAGAAGAGCUACCCUACUUCGUCAGCUUUGAAGGUUCAUCAGAAAUCGCACAAUAGAGUAAUCGUGUGCUCUCAGUGCGGGAGGAGCUUCUCUCGGUUGUCAUCCUUGACGAAUCAUCAGAGAGUUCAUACUAGAGUGAACAAAAAGUGAUGAUGUUUUGUUUAAUGCAUUGGUGCAUUAAACAAAACGUUACUAGAUAUCUUGGAAACGUCCUUGCAGGUGUGUUUAGGCAAGUCGGAGCUAUAUUCGAAGGACACCGGCCCUCUAGAACCGAUUUUG